AACCCCCUGCUCUGACCGUGCCUUGGACUGGUGUGAUUGGAGGGAAACCCCGUGGACUGCAUUCACACAGACUGGUUGAGAGAAUCAGCUGUAGCUUGGCACGCCGAAAUCACUGCUAUCUGCCAGUACACAGCGAGCAGUCAUGAGCGAGGCACCCCAGAAGGAACAGGUGCAAAAGGCCAAGCUGGCUGAGCAGGCUGAGCGCUAUGAUGACAUGGCUGCUGCAAUGAAGGCCGUGACGGAGGAGAACAGCGAUCUGUCGAACGAGGAGCGCAACCUGCUGUCAGUGGCCUACAAGAAUGUAGUGGGUGCCCGCCGCUCUUCGUGGCGUGUGGUGUCCAGUAUUGAGCAGAAGGCCGAAGGCGAAAGGAAGAGGACCAUGGCCAAAGAGUACCGUGAAAUGAUUGAGAAAGAGCUGAAGGAGAUCUGCCGGGAUGUGCUGGGUCUCUUGGACUCUUUUCUCAUUGUCAACGCCGUUGAAGCAGAGAGCAAAGUCUUCUAUUUGAAAAUGAAAGGAGACUACUACCGCUACUUGGCUGAGGUGGCUACAGGAGAAGAGAGGAAAACCAUCAUGGAUGACUCAAAGAACGCCUACCAAGCCGCCUUUGAUAUCAGCAAAGAGCAAAUGCAGCCCACGCACCCAAUCCGUCUUGGUCUUGCACUCAAUUUCUCAGUUUUCUUCUAUGAGAUCCUCAACUCGCCUGACAAGGCCUGCCAGCUGGCUAAAGACGCUUUCGAUGAGGCCAUUUCAGAGCUUGAUGCACUGAGUGAAGAUUCGUACAAAGACAGUACACUAAUCAUGCAGCUACUGAGAGACAACUUGACACUGUGGACCUCUGAUAACCAGGUGGAGGCAGAGGAUACGGAGGAGACCAGAGAAUGAGCCUGACCCCACAGUCGUCCCUGUCUACCUGCCAUCAUCCCGGUUCAUCUACAACAUGUCCAUCAACACUGAGACCACCUUAUUAUUAUCAUUGUCGUCCAAAUCUCCAUCUUUUUUUCUAUUUAGUUCUCUCAACACUCAUCUCAUUCCUGCCGGUUUACUAUUCCUCCUUUUGUAGUAACUGUGGGGAAAGGGGAUGGGGAGGGAGGGUAAGUUUUAAAUUGCGUGGGGGGAGGGUCCAUGUGGACAGGUAAAGUGUGUUUGGUUGCUUGUCUGCUGACCUUUUCUUUGUGUGUGGGAGCAAUGGGGUUGUUGCAUUAUUGAGGUGGUGGGUGAGAGGGCGAGUUCUCAGCUCAUGAACAUGCAGCAGGUUGAGCUUUUAUAGACAGAAAACAGUCCUACUGUGUGUGUGUGUGUGUGUAUCCUCUUCAUGCAACUGUUCGUCUGCUUGGCGGUAGGAAUGGCGGCAGAGGUAAAGACGGUGGAGGUGAGCGCAGGUUUUGUUGGAACACAACGGUUACAUUCCAUUUACUGUCAGUUGCUCAACUUUCUACUCAUUUUGUUUUGUUUUCGGGUGAACUGCUUUUGUAUUUCUAUGUAUCGAUUACGAGGUAUAGAAAAAAUAUUUAAGAACAAAAGAGCACACAAGCUUUGUAUGAGCACCGCAGUAAAAAAAAAAAGAAAAAAAAUCCCACGUGCUUAUCUAGUUACUGCUUUAUCAAAUUUAAGAUUUUGAUUUGUCUUUUAUUCUCCUUUGUUUUCUUUCAAUACUUGCCUAAACUGCAUGUUGGUAAGAAUUAGUUUGUGGAGAUGUAAGGAUGGUUGUGGUCGGGCGGGCUAGCUUUGUUCAUGUCUUUGGAAUUUUCAUACAGAACACCCAAGCAUAACUGUUAUUUGGGGGGAAAUGUGUAAUUUCAUGUAAGUGGAAUAAAAAAAUAAUAAUUUAAAAGUUUCAA